AUGAAUAAGUACUACUCAAAGACGGACCUCUCAUCUGUCUAUCGCAUCGCGAUUGCUCUCCACCCCGGACUGGAGUUUGACUACUUCGAGGUCAAGCAAUGGAAGAGAAGGUGGAUCAACGACGCCAAGGACCUCCUUCGGACUACGUACGACAAAUACGUCACCAAAUAUUACAAAGCAGGUUGUUUAAUUUGGUUUUUUUAG